ACAACAACCACCACAAUAGCCUCCAGCGAAGCAACUACCGACACAACGCCUUCUACGGAGUCUACCACUGCUUCAUCGUCUAGCGAAGCUACCACAACAACCACCACAAUGGCCUCCAGCGAAGCACCUACUGACACAACGCCUUCCACUGAGUCUACCACUGCUUCAUCGUCUAGCGAAGCUACCACAACAACCACCACAAUGUCUUCGAGCGAAGCAACUACAGACACAACGCCUUCUACUGAGUCUACCACUGCUUCAUCGUCUAGCGAAGCUACCACAACAACCACCACAAUGGCCUCCAGCGAAGCAACUACUGACACAACGCCUUCCACUGAGUCUACCACUGCUUCAUCGUCUAGCGAAGCUACCACAACAACCACCACAAUGUCCUCCAGCCAAGCAACUACAGACACAACGCCUUCUACUGAGUCUACCACUGCUUCAUCGUCUAGCGAAGCUACCACAACAACCACCACAAUAUCCUCCAGCGAAACACCUACUGACACAACGCCAUCCACUGAGUCUACCACUGCUUCAUCGUCUAGCGAAGCUACCACAACAACCACCACAAUGGCCUCCAGCGAAGCACCUACUGACACAACGCCUUCCACUGAGUCUACCACUGCUUCAUCGUCUAGCGAAGCUACCACAACAACCACCACAAUGUCCUCCAGCCAAGCAACUACAGACACAACGCCAUCUACGGAGUCUACCACUGCUUCAUCGUCUAGCGAAGCUACCACAACAACCACCACAAUGUCCUCCAGCGAAGCAACUACAGACACAACGCCUUCUACUGAGUCUACCACUGCUUCAUCGUCUAGCGAAGCUACCACAACAACCACCACAAUGUCCUCCAGCGAAGCAACUACUGACACAACGCCUUCCACUGAGUUUACCACUGCUUCAUCGUCUAGCGAAGCUACCACAACAACCACCACAAUGUCUUCGAGCGAAGCAACUACUGACACAACGUCUUCCACUGAGUCUACCACUGCUUCAUCGUCUAGCGAAGCUACCACAACAACCACCACAAUGUCCUCCAGCGAAGCACCUACUGACACAACGUCUUCCACUGAGUCUACCACUGCUUCAUCGUCUAGCGAAGCUACCACAACAACCACCACAAUGUCUUCGAGCGAAGCACAUACUGACACAACGUCUUCCACUGACGAAGCAACUACUGACACAACGUCUUCUACUGAGUCUACCACUGCUUCAUCGUCUAGCGAAGAUACCACAACAACCACCACAAUGUCCUCCAGCGAAGCAACUACAGACACAACGCCUUCUACGGAGUCUACCACUGCUUCAUCGUCUAGCGAAGCUACCACAACAACCACCACAAUGGCCUCCAGCGAAGCAACUACUGACACAACGCCUUCCACUGAGUCUACCACUGCUUCAUCGUCUAGCGAAGCUACCACAACAACCACCACAAUGUCCUCCAGCGAAGCACCUACUGACACAACGCCUUCCACUGAGUCUACCACUGCUUCAUCGUCUAGCGAAGCUACCACAACAACCACCACAAUGUCCUCCAGCCAAGCACCUACUGACACAACGUCUUCCACUGAGUCUACCACUGCUUCAUCGUCUAGCGAAGCUACCACAACAACCACCACAAUGGCCUCCAGCGAAGCACCUACUGACACAACGUCUUCCACUGAGUCUACCACUGCUUCAUCGUCUAGCGAAGCUACCACAACAACCACCACAAUGUCCUCCAGCGAAGCAACUACUGACACAACGCCUUCCACUGAGUCUACCACUGCUUCAUCGUCUAGCGAAGCUACCACAACAACCACCACAAUGUCUACGAGCGAAGCAACUACAGACACAACGCCUUCCACUGAGUCUACCACUGCUUCAUCGUCUAGCGAAGCUACCACAACAACUACCACAAUGUCUUCGAGCGAAGCAACUACAGACACAACGUCUUCCACUGAUUCUACCACUGCUUCAUCGUCUAGCGAAGCUACCACAACAACCACCACAAUGUCCUCCAGCGAAGCAACUACUGACACAACGCCUCCUGUGGAGUCUACCACUGCUUCAUCGUCUAGCGAAGCUACCACAACAACCACCACAAUAUCCUCCAGCGAAGCACCUACUGACACAACGUCUUCUACUGAGUCUACCACUGCUUCAUCGUCUAGCGAAGCUACCACAACAACCACCACAAUGUCUUCAAGCGAAGCACCUACUGACACAACGCCUUCCACUGAGUCUACCACUGCUUCAUCGUCUAGCGAAGCUACAACAACAACAACCACAAUAUCCUCCAGCGAAGCAACUACCGACACAAUGCCUCCUGUGGAGUCUACCACUGCUUCAUCGUCUAGCGAAGCUACCACAACAACCACCACAAUGUCCUCCAGCGAAGCACCUACUGACACAACGCCUUCCACUGAGUCUACCACUGCUUCAUCGUCUAGCGAAGCUACCACAACAACCACCACAAUGUCUUCGAGCGAAGCAACUACAGACACAACGCCUUCUACUGAGUCUACCACUGCUUCAUCGUCUAGCGAAGCUACCACAACAACCACCACAAUGUCCUCCAGCGAAGCACCUACUGACACAACGCCUUCCACGGAGUCUACCACUGCUUCAUCGUCUAGCGAAGCUACCACAACAACCACCACAAUGUCGUCCAACGAAGCACCUACUGACACAACGUCUUCCACUGAGUCUACCACUGCUUCAUCGUCUAGCGAAGCUACCACAACAACCACCACAAUAUCCUCCAGCGAAGCAACUACUGACACAACGCCAUCUACGGAGUCUACCACUGCUUCAUCGUCUAGCGAAGCUACCACAACAACCACCACAAUGUCUUCGAGCGAAGCAACUACUGACACAACGUCUUCCACUGAGUCUACCACUGCUUCAUCGUCUAGCGAAGCUACCACAACAACCACCACAAUGUCCUCCAGCGAAGCACCUACUGACACAACGUCUUCCACUGAGUCUACCACUGCUUCAUCGUCUAGCGAAGCUACCACAACAACCACCACAAUGUCUUCGAGCGAAGCACCUACUGACACAACGUCUUCCACUGAGUCUACCACUGCUUCAUCGUCUAGCGAAGCUACCACAACAACCACCACAAUGUCUUCGAGCGAAGCAACUACUGACACAACGUCUUCCACUGAGUCUACCACUGCUUCAUCGUCUAGCGAAGCUACCACAACAACCACCACAAUGUCCUCCAGCGAAGCAACUACUGACACAACGCCAUCUACGGAGUCUACCACUGCUUCAUCGUCUAGCGAAGCUACCACAACAACCACCACAAUGUCUUCGAGCGAUGCUACUACUGACACAACGCCAUCUACUGAGUCUACCACUGCUUCAUCGUCUAGCGAAGCUACCACAACAACCACCACAAUGUCUUCGAGCGAAGCAACUACUGACACAACGUCUUCCACUGAGUCUACCACUGCUUCAUCGUCUAGCGAAGCUACCACAACAACCACCACAAUGUCUUCGAGCGAAGCAACUACUGACACAACGUCUUCCACUGAGUCUACCACUGCUUCAUCGUCUAGCGAAGCUACCACAACAACCACCACAAUAUCCUCCAGCGAAGCACCUACUGACCCAACGCCUUCCACUGAGUCUACCACUGCUUCAUCGUCUAGCGAAGCUACCACAACAACCACCACAAUGUCCUCCAGCGAAGCACCUACUGACACAACGUCUUCCACUGAGUCUACCACUGCUUCAUCGUCUAGCGAAGCUACCACAACAACCACCACAAUAUCCUCCAGCGAAGCAACUACUGACACAACGCCAUCUACGGAGUCUACCACUGCUUCAUCGUCUAGCGAAGCUACCACAACAACCACCACAAUGUCUUCGAGCGAAGCAACUACUGACACAACGUCUUCCACUGAGUCUACCACUGCUUCAUCGUCUAGCGAAGCUACCACAACAACCACCACAAUGUCCUCCAGCGAAGCACCUACUGACCCAACGCCUUCCACUGAGUCUACCACUGCUUCAUCGUCUAGCGAAGCUACCACAACAACCACCACAAUGUCUACGAGCGAUGCUACUACCGACACAACGCCUUCUACGGAGUCUACCACUGCUUCAUCGUCUAGCGAAGCUACCACAACAACCACCACAAUAUCCUCCAGCGAAGCACCUACUGACACAACGCCUUCCACUGAGUCUACCACUGCUUCAUCGUCUAGCGAAGCUACCACAACAACCACUACAAUGUCUUCGAGCGAAGCAACUACUGACACAACGCCUUCUACGGAGUCUACCACUGCUUCAUCGUCUAGCGAAGCUACCACAACAACCACCACAAUAUCCUCCAGCGAAGCACCUACUGACACAACGCCUUCCACUGAGUCUACCACUGCUUCAUCGUCUAGCGAAGCUACCACAACAACCACCACAAUGUCUUCGAGCGAAGCAACUACUGACACAACGUCUUCCACUGAGUCUACCACUGCUUCAUCGUCUAGCGAAGCUACCACAACAACCACCACAAUGUCUUCGAGCGAAGCAACUACUGACACAACGUCUUCCACUGAGUCUACCACUGCUUCAUCGUCUAGCGAAGCUACCACAACAACCACCACAAUAUCCUCCAGCGAAGCACCUACUGACACAACGCCUUCCACUGAGUCUACCACUGCUUCAUCGUCUAGCGAAGCUACCACAACAACCACCACAAUGUCUACGAGCGAUGCUACUACCGACACAACGCUUUCUACGGAGUCUACCACUGCUUCAUCGUCUAGCGAAGCUACCACAACAACCACCACAAUAUCCUCCAGCGAAGCACCUACUGACACAACGCCUUCCACUGAGUCUACCACUGCUUCAUCGUCUAGCGAAGCUACCACAACAACCACCACAAUGUCUUCGAGCGAAGCAACUACUGACACAACGCCUUCCACUGAGUCUACCACUGCUUCAUCGUCUAGCGAAGCUACCACAACAACCACCACAAUAUCCUCCAGCGAAGCACCUACUGACACAACGCCUUCCACUGAGUCUACCACUGCUUCAUCGUCUAGCGAAGCUACCACAACAACCACCACAAUGUCUUCGAGCGAAGCAACUACUGACACAACGCCUACUACUGAGUCUACCACUGCUUCAUCGUCUAGCGAAGCUACCACAACAACCACCACAAUAUCCUCCAGCCAAGCACCUACUGACACAACGUCUUCCACUGAGUCUACCACUGCUUCAUCGUCUAGCGAAGCUACCACAACAACCACCACAAUGUCUACGAGCGAUGCUACUACCGACACAACGCCUUCUACGGAGUCUACCACUGCUUCAUCGUCUAGCGAAGCUACCACAACAACCACCACAAUGUCUUCGAGCGAAGCAACUACUGACACAACGCCUUCCACUGAGUCUACCACUACUUCAUCGUCUAGCGAAGCUACAACAACAAUAACCACAAUAUCCUCCAGCGAAGCAACUAUCGACACAACGUCUUCCACUGAGUCUACCACUGCUUCAUCGUCUAGCGAAGCUACCACAACAACCACCACAAUGUCCUCCAGCGAAGCACCUACUGACACAACGUCUUCCACUGAGUCUACCACUGCUUCAUCGUCUAGCGAAGCUACCACAACAACCACCACAAUGUCCUCUAGCGAAGCAACUACAGAUACAACGCCAUCUACGGACCAAUUACGAAAGUCACUCAUACCGUCCCAGCGGAAUUUCAGUUGA